ACGAUUCGUUUUUUCUGUAAACAAGUUAUUAGCACCUCCCCGGCCUCUUCUUCUUCCUUUUCCCUUUCAAACUCCACUAUAAGUACCCCAUCCCCCCACCACCCAAUAUUUACUCCACUCACGCUUUUCGUCUUCACCAGUCUUUUAUUCCUGCUUGAAACUCAAAUAGUUUUCAUCGAGAGAACAAUCAGUUGGUUUUCGGAAUCGAAGGUGGUGAAUUUGUGAAAUCGGAGCAGGAAAAUAGUAAGCUCUGUAUGUCAGAGGACUACUACUACUACUAUUACAGUAAUAAGUACUACGGCGGUUACGGUGAACUUACAAAUCCAUUACAAUGGCCUCAACUCAGGAAAAAGCGACGGUUUCUGCACCUUCACGAAAUGCUUCCGCCGCUUCAGAAUCGGAAUGGACUGCCGGUGGAACCGUAGCUGAAGUUUCCGAUCUUUCCUCUGCCAGAUCGGCUAACGUCAAAACAUCUGCGGCUGCUGCUCCAUCCACUUUGACGGCUGUGAUUGACUCCAUUGAUCGUCCUUCUCCACAAAAUCAGCCUGCCGUGAAAGGAAUCCCUACCUUGUUGAGGGCUCAAACUCACCAUCCCUUGGACCCCCUAACUGCUGCUGAAAUUUCCGUGGCCGUGGCAACUGUCAGGGCAGCUGGAAGCACUCCUGAGGUGAGAGAUAGCAUGCGCUUUGUUGAGGUGGUUUUGGUGGAACCAGAUAAGAGUGUGGUUGCUUUAGCUGAUGCAUACUUCUUCCCUCCAUUUCAACCAUCUUUAUUGCCGAGAACAAAAGGUGGGCCUGUAAUUCCCAGUAAACUUCCUCCAAGGCAGGCUAAACUGAUUGUUUAUAACAAGAAAUCAAAUGAGACCAGCAUAUGGAUUGUUGAGCUCUCACAGGUUCAUGCUGUCACUCGAGGAGGCAACCACCGUGGCAAAGUCAUUUCAUCUAAAGUUGUGCCCGAUAUACAGCCACCAAUGGACGCUGUUGAAUAUGCUGAAUGUGAAGCUGUGGUGAAGGAUUUCCCUCCUUUUCGCGAUGCAAUGAAGAAGAGAGGAAUCGAUGAUAUGGAUCUUGUGAUGGUCGAUGCCUGGUGUGCAGGUUAUUUCAGUGAGGCUGAUGCACCUAACCGCCGUCUAGGAAAACCUCUUAUCUUUUGUAGAACUGAGAGCGACUGUCCGAUGGAAAAUGGCUAUGCUCGCCCAGUUGAAGGAAUUCAUAUAGUUGUUGAUAUGCAGAAUAUGGUUGUGAUAGAGUUUGAAGAUCGUAAACUGGUUCCAUUACCACCAGCUGAUCCACUGAGAAAUUACACUGCCGGUGAAACAAGAGGAGGGGUUGACCGAAGUGAUGUUAAACCUCUUCUUAUUAGUCAACCUGAAGGUCCUAGCUUCCGUGUCAAUGGGCACUUUGUUGAAUGGCAGAAGUGGAACUUUCGUAUUGGUUUUACCCCCAGGGAGGGUCUGGUUAUCUAUUCUGUUGCGUAUAUUGAUGGUAGCAGAGGCCGUAGACCUGUUGCGCAUAGACUGAGCUUCAUUGAAAUGGUAGUGCCCUAUGGGGAUCCAAAUGAGCCACAUUACAGGAAAAAUGCUUUUGAUGCAGGGGAAGAUGGGCUUGGUAAAAAUGCACAUUCCUUAAAGAAGGGUUGUGAUUGCUUAGGCUAUAUUAAAUAUUUCGAUGCGCAUUUUACAAAUUUCACAGGCGGUGUUGAGACAAUCGAAAAUUGUGUCUGCUUACACGAGGAGGAUCACGGAAUCUUAUGGAAGCAUCAAGAUUGGAGAACAGGUUUAGCUGAAGUACGACGUUCCCGACGGCUAACUGUGUCUUUCAUCUGUACUGUGGCAAACUAUGAAUACGGAUUUUACUGGCAUUUUUAUCAGGAUGGUAAGAUGGAGGCCGAGGUUAAGCUGACUGGAAUUCUCAGCUUAGGUGCUCUUCUACCAGGGGAAGUUCGAAAAUAUGGAACAACUAUCGCACCUGGCUUGUAUGCACCUGUACAUCAGCACUUCUUCGUGGCUCGCAUGGAUAUGGCUGUUGAUUGCAAAGCAGGGGAAUCACAUAAUCAGGUGGUUGAAGUAAAUGCUAGAGUUGAACCACCAGGAGAAAAUAAUGUUCAUAAUAAUGCAUUUUAUGCUGAAGAGAGAUUGCUUAGAACUGAAUUGGAAGCAAUGCGUGAUUGUAAUCCUCUAACUGCACGGCAUUGGAUUAUUCGGAACACAAGAACAGUCAAUCGCACUGGACAGUUAACUGGUUACAAGCUAGUACCAGGUUCAAACUGUCUGCCAUUAGCUGGCUCAGAGGCAAAAUUCUUGAGGAGAGCUGCCUUCUUAAAGCAUAAUCUUUGGGUCACCCCUUACUCUCGUGAUGAGAUCUUUCCUGGAGGAGAAUUUCCAAAUCAAAAUCCUCGUGUUGGUGAAGGUUUGGCUACUUGGGUUCAGCAGAAUCGAUCCCUGGAAGAAACACAAAUAGUUCUUUGGUAUAUUUUUGGACUUAUACAUGUUCCACGGCUAGAAGACUGGCCUGUCAUGCCAGUGGAGCACAUUGGUUUUAUGCUCCAGCCUCAUGGGUUCUUCAAUUGCUCUCCAGCUGUUGAUGUUCCUCCCAGCAUAUCGGAUUCGGAUAUUAAGGAAAACGGGACAGUGGCAAAGUCUUGCCACAAUGAUGGUAUAAUGGCUAAGCUUUGAGAGAUUCAAUCUAGUUUUGCCUUUUGGGAUCGCAUCGCCUCAUGUUGUUGCAUAAAUUGCUUUGUUAUCUUCGUAUUUGGAUUGGAAUAAAUGUUUCUUGAGAACAUAAACAUUCGACUGCAUGUUGGGUUAACUUGUCUGAUAUUGUCAUGUUUUCUACUAGUAUUGUUUGCUUAUACAA